GGAGAAACAGCUAGAGGUAGGCAGGUAGACAGGUAGAUAGAUAGGUAGAUUGGUAGAUAGAUCAUUUUGCACAUGAUUAAAACAAGACUUUUGCCUUUUUCAACCGUAAAGAUUUAAGGGGUAAGUGUAGGAAGGUAGGUAGACAGGUAGGUAAACAGCUACACAGAUGUGUAGGCAGCUGCACAGAAACUUAAACAGAUAGAGUUCCUACCUGUCGACAGGUAGGUAGGUAGAUAGGUAGGUAGAUAGGUAAGUACACAGGUGUAUACACACCUCAAUGCACUUGGUUUCACUUUUCCAAUCACUGCAGACCUAUCUUUAAUUAAAAAAACGAGAGGGAGAAAUAUCAAGAGGUGCAGGACCUAUGUAGACAGGUAGGUAGAUAGACAUACAAGUAGACAGGUAGGUAAGCAAGUAGGUAGGUACCUGUAGAGAGGUAGACAGGUAAAUUGGUAGGUAGGUAAAGAGGUAAAUAGGUAGACAGGAAGGAAGAUAGGUAGGUAUUCAGAUACACAGGUAGGUAAAAAACACAGAUAGGUGGAUAGGUAGGCUUGACAGGUAGGUGGGUAGUUAAGUAGGAACACAAGUAGGUAGGCAGAUAGGUAGACAGAUAAACACAGAUAAACAGGUAAACAAGUAUAUAGGUAAUCAGGUAGGUCGGCAGGUACACAGCUUUGUAGGUAGACAGGUAGACUACCUACCUGUACAGAGGUAGACAGGUAGGUCGGUCAGUACACAGGUUAGUAGGUAGGUAGACAGGGAGGAAGACCGGUAGUGAGGUAUUCAGAUACAUAGGUAGGUAGGAACACAGGUAGGUGAAUAGGUAAACUUGACAGGUAGGUAGUUAAGUAGAAACACAGGUAGGUAGGUAGGUAGGCUGGCAAACAGGUAGAUAGAUAGAUUAGCAGGUAGGUAGGACAGCAGGCACACAGCUAGGUAGGUGGGUGGGUAGACUACCUACCUGUACAGAGGUAAACAGAUAGGUAGGUCAGUGGGUAGGAAGAUAAACAAGUAGACAGAAAAGAAGACAGAUAGGUAGGUAUUCAGAUAUAUAGGUAGGUAGGAACACAGUUAGGUUAAUAGGUCAAUUUGACAGGCAGUUAGGUAGGUAGGAACACAGGUAGGUAGAUAGGUAGACUUGACAGGUAGUUAGGUAGCUAGAGCAAAGGUAGGUUGAUAGGUAAACUUGAAAGGUAGGUAGGUAGGUAGUUUGUUAGUUGAUAGGUAGGUAGAAAACAGUUAGGUGGAUAGGUAGACUUGACAGGUAGGUAGGAACACAGGUAGGUAGGUAGGAACACAGUUCGGUUAAUAGGUAGAUUAGACAGGUAGGUAGUUAGGUAGCUAGAAUAAAGGUAGGUUGAAAGGUGAACUUGAAAGGUAAACUUGAAAGGUAGGUAGGUAGGUAGUUUGUUAAUUAGUUAGGUAGGUAGAAAACAGUUAGGUGGAUAGGUAGACUUGAUAGGUAGGCAGUUAGGUAGGUAGGAACACAGGUAGGUAGUUAGAAAAGAAGAAGAAUGAAGUCUGUAACAGCAGAAGCUGAAGGACAGGAGCUGACUGAGUUUGAGUCUGAGCUGAGAGAAGGUGAGAUGAGAACUGAAGAUGUUCUGGACGUUGUGGAUUGUGAGGAUUGUGAGGAUUGUGAGGAUCACUGUCAGAACGCUGAUGGACGUUUGGAUGAUGUGGACGGUGAUCAGGGCUCCGUGUUGCUCUGGGUACCCACUGGCCGUCGACUCGUCUCCGGGCUCCUGGGGCUGAACGUGGUGCUCCUGGGAGCCGCGCUGGUGGCUGGAGAUGCUUUCCACCCUGAAGGUUUGCACCACCAGGAGCCGGAGGUGUUUCUGCUGCUGCUGAUGGCGCUGAGCGUGGCGUGGAUGCUGUGGUACCUGCUUUGGGCACGGAAACAGCCAGGAUUACCCCCACACACGGACCACCAUGCAGGGGGCAUCACUGUUACUGUGGUGUUAAUGCUGUUUGCAGGCUUCAGUCUGUUGCUGUGUGUGUUCAUGAUGGUUCAUAACGUGCUGAUGAAGGACUGUCACCCAUCUGCUCGAGUUCUUCUACCGUUCAUUCAAACUCCAUUCCUCUGCCUCCAGACCUAUCUGCUGUGGGCUCACUCCAAAGACUGCAUCCACAAACACAGAAUCCUCACAAGGUCUGGUCUAAUGCUGAUCCUGUGUACAGAUAUCCUGCUGUGGUUGAGCGCAGUAACAGAAGAUUCCAUUCAUAUGGAGAUCGAGCUGGAGAGACAGUACAAACAGCCCAUCAUCAGAGCACAGUUAGACGAGGACGAGGGCAUCAGAAAUGCCUCAGAUUGCCACUGUGGAAAGCAGCCGGUGUGCGGAUCUCUGCGAAAAGGCUACGAGGUGCUGUACCCCUUCAACAUGGAGUUCAGCCUGCUGGCGGGGUGCAUGCUCUACGUCAUGUGGACGAACGUGGGCCGUCACGUGACCGGCACUCACUCGGGUCACGCCCAGAAGAUCACCAUGCGGAUUGUGCACCACGGGGGCAUCCUGCUGGGCCCUGUGCUGGGGCUGCUGGUUCUGAUCACGGGGGUGGUGAUCUUCGUGCUGUACCAGGUGUGGGUGGGUCAGCGGGGGAGGCGGCUCAGGGCCUUCCUGCUGUUCUACGGUUUCCACCUGAGCGUUAUGCCGUUUAUGGCGCUGUGCUCGCUGGUAGGCAUGCUGGUGUACCGCCGAAAAGAGAGGCUGCCCAGCAGGGGGCGUGACAGGAAGCACGAGGACCCGGCGGUGAAGAACCCGACCCGUAGCCUGGACGUGCUGCUGCUGGUGGGGGCCGGACUGGGCCAGCUCUCUCUUUCAUAUUUCUCCCUGGUUGCUGCUCUCGCUGAGGGACCCAGAGGCAUUCUGGGAAGUCUGGAUCUGUCGUUUUCGCUGCUGAGCCUGCUGGAGCUGGUCCUCCAGACCAUGUUCAUCAUCCAGGGGCUGCAGGAACACACACAUCCACACCAGAACACACACUCGAGUCGAACCGGGAAAGAGGAGAAGGAGUCAGCAGAUGGGAAGGGAGCUUUUAAGAUGGAGAAGAUAGCUGAAGGUGCUGCUGGUUCUGCUGAUAUGGCUGAAGGAACAGCGUUCCUACAGAAAAGCAGUGAUGCUGAAGCGCCCCCUGCAGGAACACCUGGACAAAACACUCAUUCCUGGAGCAGGAGGACGAUUCAGGAGAUCUGCGCCUUCCUCAUUCUAUCCAACGUCAUGCUGUGGGUGAUUCCAGCGUUCGGGGCCCACCCUCAGUUUGAGAGUGGUUUGGGGAAGCAGUUUUACGGGUUCUCAGUGUGGUUCGUGUUGGUGAAUCUGGGUCAGCCGCUCACUGUGUUCUACAGGAUGCACUCGGUUGGAGCUCUGAUGGAGCUGCUGAUCUUCGCAUGAACUCAAAAACACAUUUACCUUAUUGCUCUAUAAAAUGCUGUGUAUUGUUACUGUCUCUAUGUAAAGAAGUUCCAGUGCUAGGUAUUAUAUAUCUAUUUAGGCAGUACUGUAUACACUGACAGACAGACAGACAGACAGAAAGAUAGAUAGAUA